GGAAGUGUUGACGAGAGCUGUAGAUGAGUAAUGAUGUCUGCUGCACUAUCGGGUGCGAUAGAAACUUGAGGAGUUUUUAGGUUCAGUUUUGGAAGGAAAGAAGAGUUCCAUAAUUUCUCGUAACGUAAAUUUUCGCGCGAAAAUAAUUGGAGCAGAUUGAUUGCGCAUGACUGCGUAGUAUUCGUAAAGAAAAGAAUAUGGCGACCGGUGGAAAGAAAGUUAGGAUACAGACUAAAGUAAAGUACACCAAGUCGGUUCCUUCCACGACUGUUAUGAACGAUUCUGAUCUUCUUGGCCCUAGGUACCGUCUCAAAGAUCUCCUCUCGUCAGAUAAAGGCGAAGACAAGGAAAGGGUUCGUGUAGAGCACUAUGUCCAUGACAAGUCAUUUAAAGAAAGAGUUAAAUUCUAUUUUGUAACUGAUCAAAGAUCUAGUAUAAGAUGGCAGAUAUUUCGCUUCAUCCUGAAGAUAGUGUCAUGUGUAUUGUAUGUUGUACGAGGCUGCUAUGAUUUAGAUCCAAAUCGAGCUGGUGGAUAUGGUUGUCCAGAUAACAGAACUGCCAACCGUGAGUGGGCUUGUCCUGUAUAUCAUGAAGGAGAGAAUUAUUGGUGGUCAUUGCUAUGGGUUGAAAGACCCCAUUUGAUAUGGAUUGUACAGACAAUCAUUGCAGUGUACAGUAUACUGGAAGCAAUCUUACUUAGUUAUUUGACCUUCAAGGGAGGUUCUGUCAUUGGUCAAAUUGUAAAUAGUCGUGUUAUUGCUGAGAUUUUGCUAGGAAUGCCUUUCUUAAUAUCUAUAUUUUAUAGCAGACUAAGAAAUUUGUGGGUACCUCUGUUUUUGAAUAUUUGGCUUGCCAAGAAUGCAUUAGAUGCAAUGCUUAAUGAUCUUCACCGACUAGCUUUGCGUCAGCAGUCAGCAGUAUCCCAAAAGGUUCUUGUAGUGGUUGGAACUGUGUUAUGUAUAUUAUUUACUGGAAUAUGUGGUAUUCAUCACCUUGAGAGACCUGCUUCACAGUGGAGUUUUUUUGUGUGUAUCUGGUUUGUGAUGGUGACGUUUAGCACAGUGGGCUAUGGUGAAUUCACUCCAAGUGACUGGCCAGCACAGACAUUUGUUAUGAUAAUGAUUGCCUGUGCUAUCAUUAUGCUACCUAUUGAGUUGGAGCAGCUGGCUUUCUUGCUGGUCUCUCGUCAGAAAGAGGGUGGUACAUUUAAUCGCAUGCUGGCUGGUUCUGAAAAACAUGUGGUAUUAUGUGCAACAAUACUCCGGCCAACUAUGCUGAUUGACUUCUUGAAUGAGUUUUAUGCUGAUACCAGAUUGCAGGAUGCCCAUGUGGUUUUGCUCUGUCCAUCAGAGCUUGACAGCACACUGAGAAUUCUCCUACAGGUACCCCAUUGGUCACAGAGAGUCACGUUUUUAAAGGGAUCUGCACUCAUUGAUGAAGACCUUAUAAGAGCCAGGGUUGAGGAUGCUGAAGGAUGCUUCAUCCUUACUGACAGAUAUGCAGAUGACAGAGAGGCUGCUGACAAGCACACCAUUUUGAGGACAUGGGCUAUUCAGGACUUUGCUCCUGCUACUCCAUUGUAUGUACAGAUCCUCAAGCCAGAGAACAAGUUUCAUGUCAGCUUUGCAGAGCAUGUUGUCUGUGAAGAUGAAGUGAAACAUGCCCUCUUGGCUAGUAACUGUGUGUGUCCAGGAAUUUCCACGUUUUUCACUCUACUUCUUCACACCCUUCAUGAACAGAGUGGAUCAGAAGAUUGGCAUGAGAUGUAUGGUAAAUGUGCGGGAAAUGAAAUUUAUGACAUCCGCCUGGGGGACAGCAAGAUCUUUAGACCAUAUGCACAAAAGACAUUUAUGCAUGCUGCUUUUCAUGCACACAAGAAAUAUGGUGUGACACUCUUUGCAGUUCGUUCAAUUGGAAAAGGUUCUCGUAUUCUGUUAAAUCCUGGUCCAAACCACAAAAUGAGUACUGAGGAUAGAUGUUUCUACAUUGCCAUCUCCAGUGAAGAAGACACAGCAUUUAAAGCCUACAAAGAGCCAAAAAAGCCAGUCAGUUUAUUUAAGGGAAGCUUUAGGCACAAGAACGAUUCAUUUAUUACUGCAAGCUCUGUGGCUCUUGAGCUGAAUACCGACUCUGUUGAAGCAGUAGGACUUAAGUACCUAGACGAGGCUCCUGCUAAUGGUGUUGGACAUGCCAGCUCCACUGAUCAAGUGACAUCAUCUUCAUCAGUCAAACUAGAGCAGGGAACUUCUUCCAUGAAACCAUCACGAGGAUUUAAAGAAGUCGUUUUUGACAUAGCAGACUCAAGACGAUCAUCAAAUUCUGUGUAUGUACCCAAUGAAUCAGAUUCCGAGGAGGAAGAACACGAAGAACAGGAAUUUAGUUUGCUGGAUGACACCAGUAGGAUACCCAGCUAUGUGGCUGGAGUUCCUCCUUGUUCUUUGUAUAUUGGCCGCACUCCUAUCAGAUGUCAUCUUCUGAAAACUCCUAAAAAAGUCUGCUGUUUAGGGCUCAGAAAUGAGGCCUGUUUAGACCGUGAUCUGAAUGACAGUGCCAGAUUACAUCAGAGACAAAAGGGAGCUAUCAUUGUGGCGUCACCUGUAGCCGAAGCUGGAUUGUACAACUUUAUUUUGCCCCUCAGAGCUUAUCAGCGGCCCAAGUGCACCCUUAAACCCAUAGUACUUCUCCUGAAAGAAGAGCCCAGUGAAGACUUCUUAAUGGCUGUGCGUCACUUUCCCAUGCUGUAUUAUAUUCAAGGAACCAUAAAUAGUUUGGACGACCUUCUCAAGGCUGGUUGCCUUCAUGCAGACAGUAUAGUAGUUGUAGGCUAUCGAUCUCAAGGCCAGAUGUAUGACGAGGAGCACAUGGCAGAUGCCAGUACCAUCGUAGAAGUGCAGAGCAUCUACAGAUGUUUUCCAAGAGCGACUCUGAUUGUGGAGCUGACACAUGCGUCUAACAUGCGCUUCAUGAAGUUCAAUGCCGAUGUAACCCUACCUCCUGGAUUACAAAGCGAAUCACUUGCUAGUUUUAAAACACGGAGCUUCAGAGAGAGUGUCAAGAGAAGAAUCAAACAGCAGAAUAAAGACCAUUUAAACUAUAUGUUCCGUGAACCCUUUGCUGCCGGUCACGUGUUCAGCAUGAGCAUGCUGGAUACCCUGCUGUAUCAGGCAUUUGUGAAGGAAUACAUGAUCUACCUGGUCAGACUUCUGUUAGGCUGUGAACAAUCGCCUGGAUCAGGAUAUCUCUCUUCACUGAAAGUCACUGAAGAUAACAUUUGGAUCGAAACGUAUGGAAGGCUUUUUCAGCGACUUUGCUCGACAACGUUUGCCAUUCCUAUUGGCCUCUAUCGAUCACAUAUUCCAGAGGAGGACAGUGUUGAUGCCUUCCCAAGGAUGAGAAAGAAGGAGACUAGGGACAUCUCGGACAUCAUCGAGCACAGGAUGAAAGUUUUGAACAUCACUGGAACUCCUGAUAUGACUCACAGGUUAGGUAACUCUUACGUGGUUGUCAACCCCAAUCCUGAGUUUCAGUUACAAAUCGGUGACAUCAUCUACCUGAUUCGUCCAUGCAACACAAGUAUGUCAGAUACAGAGGAGGAACCUACCGAUUCAGGAAGGGACGACAUUCCAAGUACUUCUCUCUGAGUGGAAUGACAGCCUGCAGUGGGGAGAAAUGAGAGCAGCCGCAAGUAGACACAAGUGACGAUGUUUCUACCUAAUGGGAGAUCUCUUUGUGUGUCACUGACUUUGGCCUUGUAGAGGAAUUCAUCCGUCGAUGAUGUUGAUCACGAUGAUAGAGCUGUGGUAUACUUCGUGCAUGUAGCCUGUUUAAAGGGUCUUGCUAGAAUGAUGUCCUGCAGUGUUACGCAGUCCACAGCACUGAGAACAAUGAAAUAGACACUAGAAAACGAAAGAUGCGAGCAGGAGUUUGAGUGAUCUGCCGUGAACAGAUCCAAAGUAUUCAUUGAUAUCUUAUUCCAAUUGCGAUCCUAUAGUGAAUUGACACUUGUCGAACUUGUUUCAUCGUUGAAAUUGUAAUUUAAGAUCAAAUCUUGCUAACUUAAUAUAUAGAUAUUACAAAUUUUUAUCUUAGAAAUAGUUGACUUCAUUUGCCAGUUCAAAUGAGGUUGUUGUUUUGAACAAUACUCACUGCGUGAUGCACUUGAAUUAUUCAAUACUAUUUUGUAAUUAAUAGACGUUAGAUCUUUUUUCAUUCAUGGAAAUAGUCACUCUCUUGUGAUUACUUAUUGAAAACGCCGUUGAUGUUGGAUGAUUUUUGUCUUUGAUCAGCCAAAGGCAAUGUGUUUGUUGAAGAAGAGAAAACACGAAACCAGAAUUUGUUAGUGAUUACGUACUUCUUUUUAACGGCUACAAAGGAAUGAGCAUCGUGACCUGUUAAUUAUUUCCUAGGAAUAUUUUUAGCAUUCGCAUCAGUUGAAGGCAGGGAAUGGAAGAAAAUGAGUUUUUCCGUGCCUACUUAUUUCAAGUUACCAUAUUACAUUUUCUUAUUUAUUUUACGUUUCAGAGCAUCACGGAAACGUGAAGAUAUUUAUCUGAAAGACGGUGAUUCGCACAUCUGCUCAAGGAAAAAAAAAAACCCCUAAGAGGUGUUAUGGAGUUUCAUUAACCCUUUAAUUCCCAAGAUCUGAUUGUUAAUUCUCCCCUGCAGCUGCUACACAUUUUCUUGUAAAUUAGUUAUGAGAACUUGGUGCUAGAUCAAGAUAGUAGCUUCUACCUGAUAAGUUUGAAUAUUCUCAUUACCUGUUUGCUGAAGAAUGUAUAGAUAUUGUAGGGAGAAGUUUUGUGUUAAUCACUUUUGGGAGUUAAAGGGUUAAUAACCAGCUUCAAACAGCACAUUUUCAGACGUUGCUUUGGAAACAAAAAAAUUGUUUAUAUUGUCUACAUUGAAGUUAUGACUUUUAAAUGUUAAUAUAGUUCCAUUAAUACUCUCAAUUGAUAGGAGAAUUGACUCAUUGAGCUUGUUGAGUGCAUUUGU